AUGUGCCUUCAGGAACUUUGGAAUGUGCGUCGCUUCGGCGGUGCUGCCAAUGGAGCAGAUCCUACUACCUGUACAAGCAGCAGCAAGAGAGGGCGCAAGGGCAGUCUUCAUCUCAAGAGACUUCGUCGCUCCAACAACAAAAAGACGAGUUCUCUAGGAACUCUUUCCGAUACGUUUGAUGAAACGACUUGGAAUCACGAACCGACAGAGACGCAUCAUCAUCAUCAUCAUCAUGACACUACUACUACUACACAUGCUACACACGCCACAACAAAUACUAAUACUACUAAUACAGAUGUCCAUCUGUGCAAACUGCGCAAAAAGGAGAUUGGCAGUGUCGAUGCUAGCCGCAGUUACGCGUAUUUGAGCAAUCACGUGCGAGUCAAUCAAGAACGCCAACAACGCGAUAUUCCUUUGCUCACAAGAUGCAGUAUCCUCGAUGAAAUGGCCCGUGGAAAAGCUGUGGAAAUGGCACACGCCAAUCAAAUCCUGACACCCUAUCGGAGUGAUACGUUGGUGGAACACGUUCAAAAGACACUGUCACUGCAACUCUUGCAUCAACUUACCAUGCACGGAAUUGACAAUCCCGCUCGACAGUGUAUACUCGAUUCACGAUUUGUCAAGUUUGGAAUGGGAACUUGUCGGGGCGCGGAUGGUUUGAUUUAUGUCAGUCAACUCUUUCAAGGGACCCCGCCUCCCAAAAAGACCACUCCAUCACUUCCAAGUGCUACUACUAACAGUCCAUCGGACGACUUUUCCCGCGUCUUUGUGGUCCCCACCGAUGUCGUGACCAAGAAUCCCGCCACCCGUAAAGUCCCCACCAUUGAUAUUCGCGUCGAUCCGGUAUUACUCAUGUCCAAACAUUCCAAAAGUCGACGACAGCUAUUGCUGCAACGACGAGCGCAGAGUGAAACUAGUUUGGGAAGCAGCAACAACAAGAAACGACGAUAUCCGUAUACUACAUUGUCCACCACCAUUACGACACAAGCACAACCACAGCAACCUACUAGCUAG